CAGCCAUUUCCUCCAUUGAGCCACUGCCAGCCAGGCGUCUGUGCGCAAGCAGCAGCCCAGGACGCUCCGUUUCUCUCCGGCCUUUCAGCAGCUUCUUUGGCCUCUUCACCCAGGGGCUCGCGGCACCAGCAGCAGCAUCAUCAUCCCCGCCCCCCCGGGUGGAUGAGACACCCUCUCCGGGCUCGGUCGACACCCACCGGUACCAGUGACACCGCCGCCAAGCAGCGAGCAUGGCUUUGAAGAUUGUCAAGGGGAGCAUCGAUCGGAUGUUCGAUAAAAACCUUCAGGAUUUAGUACGUGGCAUCAGGAACCACAAGGAAGAUGAGGCCAAGUACAUCUCCACUUGCAUCGAUGAGAUCAAGCAAGAGCUCAAGCAGGAUAAUAUUGCCGUCAAAGCCAAUGCCGUGUGCAAGCUCACCUACCUUCAGAUGCUCGGCUAUGACGUCAGCUGGGCCGCCUUCAACAUCGUCGAAGUCAUGAGCUCCUCCAAGUUCACUUACAAGAGGAUCGGCUACUUGGCGGCCUCGCAGUGCUUUCACGAGAGCACAGACGUCAUCAUGCUGACCACUAAUCAGAUCCGAAAGGAUCUGAGCAGUCCCAACCAGUACGACACAGGCGUCGCCCUCACAGGCUUGUCUUGCUUCGUCACCCCCGACCUGGCUCGGGACCUGGCCAACGACAUUAUGACGUUGAUGUCUCACACUAAACCUUACAUCCGGAAGAAAGCGGUGCUGAUUAUGUACAAGGUCUUUCUCAAGUACCCAGAGUCCCUCCGUCCUGCUUUCCCCAGGCUCAAGGAGAAACUUGAAGACCCAGAUCCAGGUGUUCAGUCGGCCGCAGUCAACGUGAUCUGUGAGCUGGCCCGCCGGAAUCCCAAAAACUACCUGUCUUUGGCACCACUCUUCUUCAAGCUCAUGACCUCCUCCACCAACAAUUGGGUUCUUAUUAAGAUUAUUAAAUUGUUUGGAGCUCUCACUCCUCUGGAGCCUCGAUUGGGGAAAAAGCUGAUUGAACCUCUGACCAACCUAAUUCACAGUACAUCUGCCAUGUCUUUGCUGUACGAGUGUGUGAACACGGUUAUUGCGGUGUUAAUUUCUUUGUCGUCUGGGAUGCCGAACCACAGUGCUAGUAUCCAGCUCUGUGUCCAGAAACUGAGAAUCCUGAUUGAAGACUCUGACCAGAACUUGAAGUAUCUGGGCCUUUUGGCCAUGUCCAAAAUCCUGAAGACCCACCCGAAGUCAGUGCAGAGCCACAAGGACCUCAUCCUGCAGUGUCUGGAUGACAAGGACGAGUCCAUCCGUCUCAGAGCUUUGGACCUACUUUAUGGCAUGGUCUCCAAAAAGAACUUGAUGGAGAUUGUGAAGAAGCUGAUGCUACACGUGGACAAAGCAGAGGGAACCACUUACAGGGAUGAACUGCUCACUAAGAUCAUUGACAUCUGUAGCCAGAGCAACUACCAGUACAUCACCAACUUUGAGUGGUACAUCAGCAUCCUUGUAGAGCUGACGCGAUUAGAGGGCACGAGGCACGGACACCUGAUCGCCUCUCAGAUGCUGGACGUGGCCAUCCGGGUUAAGGCCAUCCGGGUAUUUGCCGUGGCCCAGAUGGCCACCCUGCUGGACAAUGCUCACCUCUUGACCGGGAACAUGCAGAGAAAUGGCAUCUGUGAAGUUUUGUAUGCGGCAGCUUGGAUCUGUGGAGAGUUCUCGGAACACCUGGAGAACCCGUUGCAGACGCUAGAAGCCAUGCUGCGUCCCAAGGUGGCCACCUUGCCGGGCCACAUCCAAGCCGUGUACGUGCAGAAUGCCGCCAAGCUGUUCGCCACCGUGCUGCAGAGCCAAAAGGACAACACGGAUGGCACAACAGUGCAAGAAACCAACCAGCUCAUGAUCGACCGCCUCCCGCUUUUUGUCCAGAGCGCCAACCUGGAGGUGCAGGAGAGGGCGUCUUGCAUCCUGCAGCUGGUGAAAUACAUCCAGAAACUGCAGCAGAAGGAAGUCGAGGUAGCGGAGGAAGUGAUUGCACUUUUUGCCGGAGAACUCAACCCUGUAGCCCCCAAGGCACAGAAGAAAGUGCCUGUCCCUGAAGGUCUGGACCUGGAUGCCUGGAUCAACGAGCCUCCAUCCGAGAGCGAGUCUGAGGACGAGCAGCCCAAGGCUAUUUUUACAAAGGAGGAGCCCAAGCAUUCCCGGCCCAGACACACAGAAGUGGACGAGAAGGAGCUGGCAAGGAGAAGAGAAGCCAGGAAACAAGAGCAAGCCAACAACCCCUUUUACAUCAAGGCCUCACCAUCUUCUCAGAAGGUGUACCAGGACACAUCAGGAGUGGAGCACAUCCCAGUCGUUCAGAUUGAUCUGAGUGUGCCUCUGAAAGUACCAGGCCUGCCUAUGUCCGACCAGUACGUGAAGCUGGAGGAGGAGCGUCGGCAGAAGGAGCGAGCCGACAAGAAAAAGAAGGACAAGAAGAAAAAGAAAGAGAAGCGCAGUGGACGUGGGAAAAAACACGACUCGGGUCCGGAGAGCGAGGAGGACAUCACGCCGGCGCACAUGGUCGACAUCGUCACCGAGGAGAUGCCAGAGAAUGCCUUACCCAGUGAUGAGGAUGACAAAGAUCCGAAUGACCCUCACAAAGCCCUGGAUAUCGACCUGGACAACUUGGUGGAAAUGGCUGGGCGCAGGCCACUUGCAGACAGCGAGAAGCUACCAGUCAGGUCCCACCGUCCGGCAGACGUCCUGAAAAGCCCGGACGGAGAUACGGAAAGUACCUCGCAGGAGGUCAAGAGGAGCAGCAAAGAGAAGAAGGAGAAGAAGAAAGAUAAAGAGAGGGAUAGGAAGAAGAGCAAAGAGGAGAAGAAGAAGAAAAAACACAAACAUGAAGAAAAAGGAGUGGAUCUUCUCGGGAAUCCGUCGGGUGAACCCGCCGUCCAAUCAGAAACACCCGUUGAGGUGGUGGCUCCGCCCGCCUCCACGACUGCUGAGGUGUCAGAUCUGGACUUCUGGCUUUCAAAUGCUCCAGCGCCCUCUCACGCCCAGCCACUCGUCGACCCGCUCUCUUUUUCUCAGGAAGCAGUAACAGUAGCAGCAGAAGCCGUUUCCCUGCCCAAGGCAGCUUCUGGCACGACGCCACACUCCGAUCCCGACGAGAGCAAGGACGCCGAGACGGAGGAGUCGAAGUCAUCUAAGCACAAGAAGAAGAAGCAGAAAAAGGAGAAGGAGGAGAAGGACAAGAAAAAGAAGAAGAAGCACCAUCACCAUCACCACCACAGCGAUGGAGGUGAAGAAGGGACUGUGCAAAACGGCAGCGUGGAUGAGGAAGAACCUCUUCCGCCCAUGUCCAACUACUGCCUCCUCGCAGAGAACGCUUACAUCAAGAUGAUGAUGGAAGAUGCCGAUCAGGUAUACGACAUCCAGGGGAACCUGCAAGAUGGCAGCCAGGUGGUGGUGUCGGUCAUCUUUGAGAACAAAUGCGAUAGCUUCCUGAAAUCCAUGGAGUUCAACGUGCUGGACUCCCUGAACUCCAAGCUGCAGAGGCCGGAGGGGGCGGGGGCGCACGACGGCCUCACCGUCCCCUUUCAGCUCCCUCCUGGGGUGUCCAAUGAAGCGCGCUUUGUGUUCACCGUGCAGAGCAUCGUCAUGCCACAGAAACUGAAGGGAACGCUCACUUUCAUUGUCAAGAAUGAAGACUCCUCAACUCAUGAGAAACUGGACUUCAAACUGCACUUUACUUGCACCUCCUACCUAAUCACCACUCCAUGCUACAGCGACGCAUUUGCAAAAUUGUUGGAAUCCGGCGACCUGAAGGGGAGCUCUGUCAAACUGGAAGGCAUCACCAUGCCCUUCCACCACCUUCUGGCCAGGAUCUGCUUCUAUCACCACUUCUCUGUCGUGGAGAGGGUGGACUCCUGUGCCUCCAUGUAUAGCAGGUCAAUCCAGGGUCACCAUGUGUGUUUGCUCGUCAAAACUUCCGACCAAACGGUGUCCAUCGACGCCAAAUGUGACGAACCGGCGCUGCUCGGGAACGUGCUGGAUGAGAUCAAACAGACCUUCUCUCAGUGCUGAUUGUACCCAGGGUAGCCCAAUUUCCGCCCUCCUCACUAAAACACAACAUCACCACCUUAAAAACACUUCUGCCGUCGCCCUAUUUAUUUAUCGAUCUAUCCGCCCUCUUCCUCGCCUUUGCUCUUCUCCUCGCUUAGUCUUGAGCACAACUCACUUGAUGUCGUUUUACAGACUCGCAGUGUUUUCGCUCCGUCUCCCCCUGCAAGGCACUUUUCAAUUUCCUUUCUCCUGAGCUCUUGGAUUUCCCUCCUCCUGGACUUCCUCUUCCCCCUGUGUGGCGUAAUGUUGACAACUGGACUUUUGUUGUCGAUGGGUGAAUUGCGUUUUUACUGUUUUUGAACUAUUUUGUCAUUGAUGUGUAUUUUUCUUUUGUCUGAACGCCUGUUUGCGCCUUCUAUUUGUGUGUGUGCGUGAACAUCUGACUGCUGUUUCAGCCUUGAACUAAGUGACACUCUUUCAAAUGGAAAAAAAGAGGGACUCGUUCUCACUACCUGGUCUCUUCUGACCCCCGAGGCCUGCAGUAGAUCAGACACCGAAGCGAAUUGCGCGACUCACAAAAAGUUCAGGACGUCCAAAUUUCAGAUAACAUUUCUGGAUUAAGUGAACUUAAUUUGACUCUUUGUGAGUAGCGUAAAAGGCACAACUAGCAGACUUGGGAUGUCUGAUUCCUUCUGCCCUGCCUGCUUUUCCCUCAAUGGACCAAAAUGGAGAGACACUUGAAAGUUGAGCACCACUAGUCAAUACCAAUCAGACCCACAAAUUUGUUGCGGUUAAAAUAAAUUAGCAACAUAUAAAUGCCUCCUUUUUUCCCAUGGGAAAAAUAAAAACUAUAACCGUCUCACUUUAUAGUUGCAAUUUUUCACGCACAGACAUUACUUAACUGUGGAGCCCAUUUGAACUCUGUUGCUAACUAAAAGAGCAGCAUACUGAACUCUCAGCUGGUCUUUACUUUACGGAGGUUUUUUGCAAUAGGCAUUUUUUUCUCUGUGCCUUUUGAAGGACAUUUCUUUCAGGUGUUACAGAUUUGUUACAUUUGUGUAAUUAAUAUGUGGCAAUUAAAGAGGUUGGCUGCUGAAACUAUUCACCAAUUGCUAACCAAAUUAGCAGCACCCACUGAAGCACGAUAACAGUCUUGCAUGGAUUAGUUUCACUACGGGUCACUAAGUUGUCUCCCAACCCACUUGCAUUUGUCCAUAAUUUAAUUCUAUAAUCAGAUAGUUUGAUAGUGACCAUCUGCAAAUGUAAAUGACGUGGGCACCAAUUUCUUUGACUAGUAGUAGUUAAACUGUAAAUAAACCAGAAACUAUGAUUCCCCCAAAUGGUUAUAUAUUUUCAAACUCUUUAUUCAUUAGCAUAUGUAUGUGCACUUGACGCAAAAUGCUCCAUAACAACCCAGGCUAAACUAACUUCCACCGCUAACAACCCAUGCUAACAUCAGUAUUAGGCACCGCUGCCUCUAACCUCACGGUCGCUUUUCUUUUUGCAUUAAGCGCUUUCACCUUAAAUCACCAAAGUAGCAAGCUCAAGACUAACCGGUCAUUCCCAUUUGUUUGUUUUGUCAGCCAUCACGUGAAAAUGUUCCCUCACAAGUCUGACUACAUGUGUGGUCAGCUGUAAAUUGCAGGAAUGUCCAUCGAAAGUAAUAAAUGUUUACCUGUUCCCGACAAUGACUUAUUCGUGGAGUUUCUCUCCCCUAUUGAUUGUCACAUUUUUCUGAUCAUUAUAUUAUUGCAUACAAUAUUGCAUGAUUUAGGAAUGUACACUUUUUUAUUAACCUUUUCUUCCAUGGAUGUUUUCACCUGAAUUUUCAUUCCAUUUUGUCCUUUUUUUUUUUUUAAUGACGGACCACAAUGGUUUUUGAUUUUAUGCAUUCAGUUUCUUUCAGUAUAGUUGAAUGAUUUAAAUUAUUAAAACGCAGAUGAGGAGGAGGAAGGCGUUGAAUAGAAAUUAGGAUGGUGAGGGCAUUGAGAGCUCUCAGUUAAGAACCAUAUUACUUCUUCCUCGGUUUGGCCGCAGUUCUUUGUUUUUGCCCGUGACAUUGAAAGUAUACUCGGCACACCACAUAUUUCCCAAAGCUUGUUUCUUCAGCUGUACAAUGUCAUACAUUUCAAAAAAGGGGAUGUGAAUGAUCUUCAUUCUCUGUAAAAAUUCCCCUACUUAAGAGAAAAUAAAAAUUAUAAGAUGCUA